ACUGCAGCGGAGACUGCAGAGAGAAAGGCAGGGAGGGAGGGGGGGAGAGAGAGAGAGAGAGAGAGCAAGAGCAAGAGCAAGAGGGGGAGGAGAAAGCAUCAAGACAUUUUCAGGUCGAGAGAGAGAGAGAGAGAGAGAGACAUAUAAGUUACAUACGGUGAGAGAGAUGUAAACAUAGUAUCCGUGAGCCUGUGUGUGUGAGUGUAUGCACAGAGGCACAUUGACAGAAGCUGAGAAGGAGAACGGGAGCACAGACGGCACUGAGGGAAAGACAACAACAGGGGAGAAUAAAAGAAGAAAGGAAGGAAGAAAGACAGCAGUAAAUACCUGAAGACCCGAGGCUCCUAUUGAGACCAAAUAGGAAGAUAUAAAGAGAGAAACAGAGAAGAGAGGAGGAGAGGAAGAUACUCAGAGAGACAUCACAGGAGCUCAAGUAAUUACACAACCUCUUUGGCUGACUGACAGACCGAGAGAAAGGAGGAGGGAUGGAGAGAGAGCCGUUAGCAACCGCUGGGCCACACCACAGAGGAAAGGGAGAGAGGGAGGGAGAGUGAAGGACGAAGGGAACAGAGGAGGAGAAGAAGAGGAGGAGGGCUCCACCACCAGCCUCUGUCCUCCAUCACUGUUGCUGAAGGAAGGAGUGACGCACCCACCCUCUGACAGCUCAGGCUCCAUCUUACCUUCCCUUCCCUUCUUUCAUCUUUACCUUCCUCCCUCCACCUCUAUCAUCUCAGGGUCUCAGACAGGAAUGAGCACCUUGUCUCCUUUGCUCCUCUCCUCCUCCUCUUCUUCCUCCUCCUCCCUUAUGGCAAAACAUCCUCUGUUCUGCUUCCAGAUGCAUGGGCCAUUACAUGCACAGUGAAGCUCUACCCUGUAACAAGACUACUGUCAUUUCACAACACAAGACAGACAGUAUAUUCAGGACAGUAAUCUCCAAAAGCAGCAACACACAGCAAGAAGCAGGCUUGGCAAGGUGGUUGGAGAACUGGGAGGACCAUAUGACAGGACUGACCAGCAACACAGGUAACUGAGCCAAAGAGGAUAACAGUCACACCAUCUGACAGUCUGAGGUCACUGCUGUCACUCUGAACCUCUGAGGGACAGACACACAGACCGUGACGAAGAAAGGACCUCCCUGGAGACCUUUAUCUGCCCACUAGUGGGAGCACCCCUUCACUCCCUCCUUAGAGAAAUUCAGGAGGGGUGUGUUUAAGGGCAGGGGAGUCAUUCCAAGAGCCUUCCAUCGUCUCUGAUACACCUCCCACUGAUACGCCUCAUGAGACCCCAACCAAGGCCAAAGGUCACAAAACCAUAUUCAACCAAAAGCACAGGCAGAGAGAGGAAGAGAGGAGGUUCUAGUCUGAGUGUAUACAGGUUGUUCACACACACAUUCACACACUAGGCUGUUCCACAGCCUCAGCUAGAAACAGGAACAAAGUGCUGGUUUCAGCAGCAACCACCUAGAAACAAGCCAGCCCCAAGCCCUGUUUGCGUCAGUUUCCCCUGACAAGCCACAGGAUGCUGUGAAACAGUAGACUGAACUACUACUGAACAGCCCCUGCUGCUUGAGCUCUCCAUUUUGAGAGAGUAGAAUUCUUCACAACCCUGUAGUGUUAUGUGAGCAUCUAUAUAUAUGUACAUAUAAGAUUAUUUAUUGGUGUUAUCACUGAAAACAUAUCAUUUGUGCUGAUGUGUUGAGACCUGUCUGUUGUUCAGCUGCUAUUGCGGACUAACUACCAGGCACGGACUGUUAUCCCUGUCUAUCAGUAGUGUUGUUAGAGGACAGUAUUUCUGUCUAAUAGGGACGUCUUCUUCACUGCUCCAGGUUAGAGGGCUCUGGCUUUAGUCCUCAGUCCUUCUGUCCCACAUAAAGACUCAGGGUAACAGCACAACAGACGUGGGAAAAAUGGACAGAAUCAUACGUCCCCACGUCCCCUCUAAUGGCUGACUUUGACACACCCAGGUCACUUCAGAGCCCCGACCUACUUCCAGCCCAAGCCAGGGGCAUCGCCCGCUAAACCAGCCAUAGGACCCUCUCUUAAAAAAAGACAGACACCCAAAUACGCUUAAUGUCCAUGUCCUGCCUCAGGCGACAGCCUGUGACCAUCCCCAUGGAUACCGUCAAGAUCAUCCAGUCAGAGAAGUUCCCCCGGGAAUGCCCGGUGCCUGUCACCCAACCUCGCUUUGCCCCUCCCCCACGGGUGGCAUGGGACGGAGGGGGAGAGGGAGAGAUCAUAGUCAAUCAGGCAUGCAGUGACCUAGCCCUGGACAUGACCUGCAGGGAUCUUGCAAUGGAGGUGACCUGCACUGACCUGGCCCCCACCAGACCCAUGGUCUCAUCUCCCCCAGCCCCCAUGGGCCGCAAGGAGAGCUACCUGGCCCAGCGCAAAGCCAGCUCCGCAGAGAUCUGCUACCACCAGUUCCACUACAAGAUGGAGGAUGUCAUAGUCAACCAGUACGUGCUGCGUUCUUCUUCAACGUCCUCCUCCACCUCCUCUUCCUCCUCGGGUCCCGUGAUGCCCUGUGAACCCCUAGACUGCCCCACCUGCGGCCACACCUACAACUUUACUGGCAAGCGUCCUCGCAUCCUCUCCUGCCUACACUCGGUGUGUGAGGAGUGCCUGCAGAUCCUCUACGAGUCCUGCCCCAAGUACAAGUUCAUCUCGUGCCCCACAUGCAGGCGUGAGACGGUGCUGUUCACAGACUAUGGGCUGGCUGCCCUGGCCAUUAACACCAGCAUCCUGAGCCGGCUGCCCUCUGACCCCAACGGCCCGGUGCAGUGGGGAGGGGAGGCCGACCGGAGUUGCUACCAGACGGUGCGCCAGUACUGCCAGUCAGCCUGCACCUGCCAGAUCGCCAACCCCCUGUCCUCCUGUGGCAUCAUGUAGAGACCUAGGCAGGGGCCAAACUGGCAUGACUUAACCCUGCCUCUUCUCUUCCACCUACCCUCCUCCUCUCUAUCUCGCAUACAUACAACCCCACACAGAUGUAUCUCUAGAUUUAAUAUUACAGAUGGAUGCUGUCUGGGUCAAAUGGAUCGUGAAGGACACCGCUUGCAGACGAAAGCAGGGAAAUGGCAAAUAAAUGUAUUUUAUGUAUGAACUGUGAAUCCUAUUCCCCCUCUCUUGUUCUGAUGUGUUUGUGUUGACAUCUCUUUACAUGGGAAUGCUAUAGGGGAGGCCUAUCCCCUCAACCUAGGUAAAUAAAACUAUAAAAACACA